GUGUCGUGGCGGAUGAAACUGAAUCUUGAGGCGCCGCAUUACGUUGCGUGCCUGCGCGUCUCUGUGUGUGUGUGAGAGUGUUUGUGUUAGUGUGAGUGUCAGUGUCAGUGUGUGUAGAGUGUAGCUUGCGUUCGUGGUAGUGGGCUGCUGCUGUGUGUGCUCAAAGCAAAGGCAGCAAAAAAAAAGAUAACAUAAAGCAAAGUAAAAGAGCCACAGUGAAAGAUCAGCGCGCACACACAUACACACACAUACAUAUAUACAUAUAUAUAUAUAUGUAUGUAUGCAUACAUACAAGCCCAGCUUGCAAUAAAUAUAAAGUAGAGAAAAGUUGUGUGAAAUGGAAUAGCAAAAGGAAAUUAAAAUACAUAUAUAUAUAUAUAUAUAUAUAUAUGCACACACACAUACAUAUACAUAUUUAAUAAAACGGAAUUUAAUGAAGCCGCAAAAACUGCCAAAUAAUGAAAAGAUGUGCGAUGCAUAAAUGAAAACUAAACGAGUGACGUGUAUAAAAAAGACUUCUGGCUUAAAAGCGGCGGCCGCUGUAUAAAACACAAAAAGAGAACAAAACAAACAAAAAUAUGUCGCACAAGACGAGCACGCGACGUGCACCGGACUUGGAGUGUCCACUGGCAUCGCUGGGACGGACGAGCAAUGCGGUGCGGGAUCAACUGGCGGCGGCGCACUAUCAUCACCCGCAUCCAUUGAGCUCCAGUCCGCUAGAUCCGCAGGCGUACAAAAUGUCACGAAAGUCGCCGAAUCUUGGCCACAAUGUGAACGACACCGUUGCCAGCAGCGUGGAGCUGUAUCCCCUGGGAUCGCGCAGCUCCACGCCGCAACACGGCGAGCAGCAGACGCCAGCGACAGCGGCGGCGGCGGCAGCGGCAGUGACGACAGCAGCAGCUAUGCUGCACAUGGUGCAACAGAAGGCAGCCACAUUCGAGCUGCGUGGCAGGCACACACGUCACGAUCCGUCCACGUUUGGUGCUCAUUCCACCGCCUCGGUGGGUCGGCAUGCGCAGGCCAAAAAAUCGCCCGAGCUGCAAACGCUGCCGGCGCCGGUGACCCGGACGACAGCGCCAGUACCACAGCCCCGCAAUUUUCUAACGUUAGACUGGUUGCAUGGCAACAGUGCCGACACCGAAGAUUCCAGCGACAACAAUGCGGGUGGCGCCAAUGGUAGGCGACGCGGCCAAGCGCAGGGCGGACGCUGCAGUGUACCCACCGUGCUGGUGCCGUGCAGCAAUGGCAGCAGUGCCCAGUAUCUGCUCGACAAGAAGAUGGAGUCCCUCUACCUGGGCAAUGCCCUGCGUGCUCUCCCACUGGGCGCCGAGGCGAGCCAGUACCAAAACGAACGCUACUAUCUGGAGGACUACAGCAGUGGCAGUGGCAAUGAGCGAUUACCAGAGCGACUGCAUCAUCCGCACAACUCCAGUCCCAGCGAGACGAGUGGCUCGGAUCGCUAUCUGCUGAAUCGCAGCACCAACUCGCCCGCCAACGCCUUCCAGCUGGACCAUCAUCACACCAAAGUGCAAAGCCUUUCCGACGGCCUGUGCAAUCUGGGCCGCUUCUCGCCCAGUUUGGACCAGGGAUAUGCGACACUGGUGUCUCCAUCGCCCACUGGCCAUCAUCCGAACAGCAGCAGCACUGUGGUCAUCAGCAACAGCAGCAGCAGCAGCUGCAACAACAACAAGAACACCAGCUCCAGUGUGGUGACCUCUGCUGGUGGUGGUGGUGUUGGUGGUGUCAUUGCCAGCAGCACGCCGGCAACAACGCCGCGUCGGAGCAGCAAUGUGACGGGCACGGCGAUUGGUCCGCCUCCCUGGAAUCGCAAGGGUCCGUAUCGGUGUGGUCCCUACUUUGAUCGGCUGCCCGAUGAGGCUGUGGUGCGCAUCUUCAGCUGGCUGGACAGCUGUGAGCUGUGCAACGUGGCCAGGGUGUGUCGACGCUUCGAGCAGCUGGCCUGGCGACCCGUCCUCUGGAAGUGCAUCACGUUGCGGGGCGAGCACCUCAACGGGGACAAAACGUUGAAGAUGAUCUUUCGGCAGUUGUGCGGCCAGAGUUGCAAUGGUGCCUGCCCCGAGGUGGAACGCGUGAUGCUCGCCGAUGGCUGUCGCAUCUCGGACAAGGGUCUGCAGUUGCUCACCCGUCGGUGUCCGGAGCUGACGCAUCUGCAGCUGCAGACGUGUGUGGGUGUCUCCAAUCAGGCGCUCAUCGAGGCCCUAACCAAGUGCAGCAAUCUACAGCAUCUGGAUGUGACGGGCUGCAGCGAGGUGAGCAGCAUUAGUCCAAAUCCACACAUGGAGCCACCGCGUCGCUUGCUGCUCCAGUAUCUGGACCUCACCGAUUGCAUGGCCAUCGAUGACAUGGGCUUGAAGAUUGUCGUCAAGAACUGUCCACAGCUGGUGUAUUUGUAUCUGCGACGCUGCAUACAAAUUACAGAUGCGGGUCUGAAGUUCGUGCCCAGUUUUUGUGUGUCGCUGAAGGAGCUGAGCGUCUCGGAUUGCGUCAACAUCACUGACUUUGGCCUCUAUGAGCUGGCCAAAUUGGGCGCCGCCCUGCGCUACCUGUCCGUGGCGAAAUGCGAACGGGUCUCCGAUGCGGGACUGAAGGUGAUAGCACGUCGCUGCUACAAGUUGCGCUAUUUGAAUGCCCGCGGCUGUGAGGCGGUCAGCGAUGACUCAAUCACAGUGCUCGCCCGCUCCUGUCCCCGUCUGCGUGCCCUGGACAUCGGCAAGUGUGAUGUGAGCGAUGCUGGGCUGCGUGCCCUGGCCGAGAGUUGCCCCAAUCUGAAGAAGCUGAGUCUGCGCAAUUGUGAUAUGAUUACGGAUCGCGGCGUUCAAUGCAUUGCCUACUAUUGUCGCGGCCUGCAGCAGCUAAACAUUCAGGAUUGCCAGAUAUCCAUCGAGGGCUAUCGGGCAGUCAAGAAAUACUGCAAGCGAUGCAUCAUCGAGCACACAAAUCCGGGCUUCUGUUGA